UCCAAGCAGCUAUAAAUUUAAGGCAUGUUUGUUUGAAACAGCCCAUAGCUGCCAGAAGCUACAAUGAUGGAACAUCACUGCUGAGGGCUACUCUCUGGAUCUCAAUGAGGAUAAUUAUACAUUAUGAGGAAGGACAUUGUACAAGAUAAAUUGUCUGUGCUUUGAGAUACCUAUAGAGUCCUGCCAAAUACUCUGGCAACAUUGACCUCACCUGUGACCACAGCAAACUUGGACUGUUAAAUAUAAAUCAGCUAUAAAUAUAAAUCAUGGAUCUCGCUAGCAAACUAUAUCUCCUGUAUUCUCUGUUUACACCAAAUCUGGCAAUCAUCGCAGGAGCUUUCACUAAUGCAUAUAUUUCUUUUGUGAUUUUACUUGAUUACUUUAAAACGCAAACAAUGAGCACCGUCAAUAAAAUAUUAGUUGCCCUGAGCUUAUCAAAUGCUUAUUUUUCUCUUGUUUUAUUUUUUAGCUCAAUUUUUAGUUUUGUGUGGCCCCACAUUAACACAGACCCUUACAUCAAGGGCUUUAUCCUGGCUCUGCUCAUUUACGGCAUUUCUUCCUCUGCCUGGAUUACAACUUGUCUUUGUGUCUAUUACUUUCUGAAGAUAACCAGCUUCAGGUCUGGACUUCUUGCUUGCUUCAAGUUGAAGAUCGACAUCAUUGUUCCAUGGUUUAUAUUGUUUUCAGAAGUGGUGUCCUUGGGCUGCAGUUUCCUUACAUUAUUGCCUUCUGAUAAUAGCCAAGGAUCUUCAUGGAAUGCCUCAUUGUUCUACUCACUCAACACAACAUCAGGAGCCAUUACCACCAGCAAUAGAUUCAUGAAGGUCACCUUCAUUGUUAUUUGCGUCCCUUUGCUGAUUAUGAUUGUCACUACAUUCCCUACUAUUGGUUCACUGUAUUUGCACAGUAGGAGAAUGGAGAACACAGGAACAUCCACCAGUCUGGCUCCUCAUCGAAAUGCUGUGUGUAUGAUGGCAUGGCUCCUGUUUUUAUAUACCACUGUUUUUGUGGUGUUUUUUACAGAUUUCAUUCAACUGUUUUCUCCACUAAGCUUUGCAUAUUGGAUGACUUAUAAUCUGAUGUAUUUAUCUACUUUAGUACAAUCUGCUGUGCUAAUUCUAGGAAACCCUAAACUAAAAGAAGCAAUUAAAAUAUGUUGUUUUGGAUGCCACACAAGCUGGUAACUGGAAUAUAUUAUCAUACAGCAUAACAAUUCUAUUCAAACCAAUAAAUCUCUCAUGGUUCCUCUCACUGAGGAUUUCCAUGAUGAAACAAAAGCCUGACUGACUAUUAAGAUGUCCAUGGAAGUACCUGGUAAAAAAAAAUGUGCACUACUUUAAUGCUGACAA